AUGACCCACGACGACUAUCCCUCCGCCAAUCAGGUUCCGUUUGCACCUGGUUAUAGCGCCGAUUGGAACUCAGUUCCUCCUCUCCCUAUGCCCGCUCUGCAACCGAACGCCCUGGCAGAGUCCGCGGUCUGGCCCCAGUUCUUGGACCCAGCUGCCGCCUUGUCUGCAGUCGACUCAGACACCAUCCCUGGAGCCGGCGACUUCAAUUACGCUCAGGGUUUCAACGGUUUGAACCUCAAUGGAUUCAUUCCUACAGAGCACUCAGGUGCCGGACAGGUGGGAGACUACAGUCGAGACUUGGCGUCAUACAUGUCUUCUCUACAGCCGAACGUCGAUAACACUGUCAUCGCCAACCAAACCUCGCCACUUCUGGGGAUUGAUGACACCGAGUCCUCUCCAAGCUUCCACGGAGGAGGUCCUUCCACACAAUCAGUUGCGAGUACGCCUUCAAGCAGCAAUGGCUGGACCAAGGAGCAGGACAAACUCCUCAUGAGUCUCAAAGCUCAAGGUCUCGGAUAUUCCGCUAUUCAAGAUGAGAUGAGAAAGGAGUUUGGGUGGACUAGGAACAAGAAUGUGUUGGUCAAGCGCUUCGCGGUGUCGAAGAAGCGCUGCAAGCCGCAGAUCAAAACUCGCAUCGUUAGAGAUAUUUCUAAAAAGAUUACUCCUGAAAUCAUCAAGGCUGUGGGAAAAGAACUCGAGAAGGUCACCUCAUCUGGUAGCAAUAGUAUUGCAACAGAACUUGAGGACUUGGUCCCAUUAAGGCUCCCGGAGUUCCUUGAACGACUAGUCGCGGAUGUUGGUGUCUCGCUUCAUCAGAUAGUUGAGGACGAUAAGAGAUCAUCAGCUUGA